GGACAGAAUCCCCGAAAGCGAGUGCAGGCGCUGUGGACAGCGAUCCGUGUCUCCCCGCACACGCCUCCCUGCAGCAUAGACGAUCUUUGUGCGGCGCGGUAGUAUCUGCGUUGAGGAACGGAUCCUCUCCCGCUGGCUGCUAUGACCUGCCUGCCGGACGACACUUGUUCUGCUUCCUGGACUGACCGCUGCGUCCCCGAAAGACUUGUGUUGUAGCGUGCAUUUAUUUUGUAUUUGUUUGUGUGCUGCAACCACACGCCCACACUCAACGACACACACUGUCGCGCGUGUGUCUGCGUUGCCACGACUUUUUAAUCGUAGGUGCUAGCAUCCGAGGCUAGCUGACGGAGCGGAGCCAGCUGGUCGGACGACGCUACAGGAGAAGUUAGCAAACAAGCUAAUUAGCCCCAAAAGACUCAGCCUGGAUUACUGUGUUUAUUCCCUGAGGUCUGGAAUCGCUGCGGCAAAAUGAAGAUAACUGUGGACUUCGAGGAAUGUUUGCAAGACUCUCCGAGAUUCAGAGCCACCAUAGAGGAUGUGGAGGGGGAUGUGUGUGAGUUGGAAUCCAAGCUCGACAAAUUGGUAAAGCUGUGUAUUGGGAUGAUAGAUGCCGGAAAAGCCUACAACGCAGCCAACAAGCAAUUUGUAAACGGGAUCCGGGAGCUAGCCCAGCAGUCCACCAGAGAUGAGGUCAUCGAGUCCAGUCUCACAAAGUUUGCAGAGAGCCUGCAAGAGAUGAUCAACUAUCACACGAUUUUAUUCGAUCAGGUCCAGAGAUCAAUCAAGACCCAGCUUCAAACAUUUGUCAAAGAUGACAUACGCAAGUUCAAAGAGGCCAAGAAGCACUUUGAUAAAGUGAGCGAGGAAAAGGAGGGAGCGCUCAUCAAGAACGCGCAGGCUCCCCGCAACAAGCAGCACGAGGUGGAGGAGGCCACCAACAUCCUCACCGCCACUCGCAAGUGCUUCCGACACAUCGUCCUCGACUACGUUUUACAGAUCAAUGUGCUACAAUCAAAGAGACGAUCGGAAAUCCUGAAAUCAAUGUUGUCCUUCAUGUACGCCCACCUGACGUUCUUCCACCAAGGCUAUGACCUCUUCAGUGAACUCCAACCUCUGAUGAAGCAGCUUGGAGGACAGUUGGACCUUCUGGUGGUGGAUGCUGCCAAAGAGAAGAGGGACAUGGAGCAGAAACACUCCACCAUCCAGCAAAAGGCUGCUCUGCAGGAGGAGACGGCGAUCGAGUCAGACUGCCGCAACUUUUUUGCUUGGAGGUCAAACUCCGACUUCUCGAAUGACGACACCAAGCUGGAGUACAAUGUGGAUGCCGAGCACGGCAUCGCAAUGGAGGGUUAUCUGUUUAAGAGGGCCAGCAAUGCCUUUAAGACGUGGAAUAGGCGUUGGUUCUCCAUCCAGAACAAUCAGCUAGUUUAUCAGAAGAAAUUUAAGGACAACCCAACAGUGGUGGUGGAAGACCUGCGGCUCUGUACCGUCAAACACUGCGAGGACGUAGAGCGGCGCUUCUGUUUCGAAGUGGUGUCCCCCACCAACAGGAGCUGCAUGAUGCAGGCCGACUCGGAGAAGCUGCGACAGGCCUGGAUCAAAGCCGUCCAGAACAGCAUCGCCACCGCCUUCCGCGACAAGGGAGACGACGGAGACCUUGACAGGAAGUCGUCCACGUCGACGGGGAGCCUUGACUCGGCUGGGGAGCCGAAGGAGAGGUCAAUCAAAGGAGAGAGCGCCCUGCAGAAGGUCCUGGUCAUCCCGGGCAACACCUGCUGCUGCGACUGUGGUCAGCCUGACCCGCGCUGGGCCAGCAUCAAUCUGGGCAUCACCCUCUGCAUACAGUGCUCCGGUAUCCACAGGAGUCUGGGAGUGCACUUCUCUAAGGUCCGGUCUUUGACCCUAGAUACCUGGGAGCCAGAACUUCUCAAGUUGAUGUGCGAACUUGGGAACGGAGUGAUCAAUCAGAUCUACGAGGCUCGGCGGGAGGAGCUGGGAUCCAGAAAGCCACAACCAGGAGAUCCAAGACACGAGGUAGAGGCCUACAUCAAAGCCAAAUACGUGGACCGGCGCUUUGUGCGCCGGCCCACAGGCGAGGAGCUGCGCGACAAAGUGGUUUCUCUGAGCAAACAGGAGAAGAGGCUGAGCAGCAGCUCGGAGCAUCUGCCCCCGAGGCCUCCGCCGCCCACGCCGAAACUCCGACCCGGUCAGUCAGCUGUUGCCAGCGGCAUGGAGGCCCGCCGCGACUCUCUCUUCUGUCCCGACGAGCUUCACUCACUCUUCUCCUACUUUGACAACUCUGCCAAGCUCAGGAGCAUAAAAAGUAAAGACAGCGGCAUCCAGAACAGCGCUGAUGGGAGCAGGGAGAUGCUGGCCACCACUGCCUCCAAUACUAGCCUGACAGAUGCAGAUGCCGCCGAGUCUCCCCCCAUGGCGAUGCCCGCCACGCUGCCUCCUCCGUCCCCGUGCAAGCAGGUGGUUUUCUACGAGCCGAAGGAGUACAGCUCGGGCCUGCAGCUCUACUGGGCUGCGUGUGCCCGCAGCCUGCCCGACAUGGCGGAGGCACUGGCCCACGGCGCCGUGGUCAACUGGGUCAACGCGGAGGACGACAAGAGGACGCCGCUGAUCAUGGCGGUCCAGGGGGGUUCGCUGGUCACCUGUGAGUUUCUGCUCCAAAACGCGGCCAACGUGAACCAGCAGGACGCUCAGGGCCGAGGACCCCUCCACCACGCCACCAUGCUGGGACACACAGGGCAAGUGUGUUUAUUCCUAAAAAGAGGAGCUAAUCAAAAUGCUGCAGACAUCGAUGAGAAAACCCCCCUGAUAAUAGCGGUGGAUGCAGCCAACGCAGACAUCGUCACACUGUUGCGAUUGGCCAAGAUGAACGAAGAAAUGCGAGAGGCGGAGGGGCCCUACAGCCAGUCAGGAGACGAAACCUACCAGGACAUUUUCCAGGAUUUCACCCAGAUGGCCUCCAACGACCCGGACAAGCUGAACCGCUACCAGCAGUACGAUGCCCAACGACCCUGACGAACAGAACCAGCGAGGCCUCUCAGAGAGACCUUCCAUUAAGUCAAUUAUUCUUUUAUAACUAUAUUUAAGAAGGUGUGUGCUGUAUCUUGAGUUGUUAGGAAGUAGGUGCAGGACAGACUGCUAAAUAAUACAUUUGAAAAAAUCUCUAUAGGAUUUUCUUGAUCGUAGGCCUCUUUUUUUCUAUGGAAGUUUUCCUUCAGUGAACUCUCAGCAGUAAAUACACAACAAUGUACUUUUACUUCUUUGCACAAAUCUCUUCUUAAAUCGCCACGGAUGUUUACCAGUUUUGAUGAUAAAGCUUUGACAUUUCAAUCAAUGUACAGUUAUUAUGAAAGUAAACAUGUUAUUCAUGUGUCUGUAAUUUAGCUUUUUAGGUGCUACAUUGUUUUUUUACAACAUAUAAAUAUUGCAUGUCAGUACUGUCUGAAACUAUAGUGAGAACUCUGAACAAGUGCAGUCUUGUUGAGAUUAUUCUUAAUUUAUAGAUUUAGCCUCAUCCUUAGGCUAAAUCUAUAAAUGAAAAAAAGAAACGCCCCCUAAAUACGGUCAACAUAACGCAGCAUUAUUUUAAUGAAUGAGCCGGAUGUGCUGCUCUUAUAAUGGGUUCUGACACGGGGAGCGGUUUAGAUUUAGAUCGGACCAAAGGCCUCGGCUUUACUCUUAAAGUGAACUGACUUACCGCGCACUUUAAAAUACUCCGUCCUGCAGGCAAAUAAUUAUAAUUAUAUGUAUAGUAUAAUGUUAUGAAUGCAAAUGACAGUCAGCUUCUUUUGGAAGUGAUUUUGAUACUUAGUGUUGAUACUGUAGUGUUCCAUAAAACACCAAACAUACAGUACAGGUAUGUUCAGAGUUAUUCUUAUUACACAUUAUUAUAUUCAGGAGUUGUAGCAUCACUGACGUUUCAUUUGAUGAGUUAAAGUCACAUUUUUACGAGUGGGAAACCUUUGACAAAUGCAGUGUGGGAUGCAGUUCUUGUACAUUUUGUACAGACGACUUUGACUUCAUGGAACUGAAGUAUAAAGUUAGUGGUACUUGAAUCAAUAUCUAAGCUUUAAUUCAUAACCUAUGAUCAUUUUAACGCAUUUUAUAUUGGCUGUCUGUAUACAUGUACUGCAUAUUGUACCUGUAAAAUGCAAGCGCUUCAAUACAAAUGGACUGAGGAUUUAUCACA